AUGACUCGAAGUGAUGUGAAGAAGCGACUCGUAAAGAAAGCGAGUAAAAUGCCGAAUCCAAUUGAGAGUCUUAAAUGUGAAUAUCCCACUGAAACAUUAUCAGGUGAGCCAUUAUCGUUUUCAUUUAUGUGGGGAACACACUUGGAUGAGAAACUUUUCGAGUGGAUUUUCAAUUUGUUUGUGGUGAAUAUGCGUGCGUUUUAUGAGCUCUCACAAUGGGGCUAUGAUGAGCAGAGCAAAAAGCAGGAACUCUCAUCGACAACGUCGAGUUUUGAAAUUCAAGUCGAAGAGAAAUAUCAAUCGCAGGGAAUCGGGUCAAUAAUGAUCUCAAUGCUGGAAUCUCUAGGCAGAAAGUAA